UUUUCUUUUUUUUUUCCUAGUUCAAGAAUCUCUGCUGUACAGACAUUUUCUUGUUGAUGACAGGUAAAAAAAUGGGAACUCGGUUCCACUCCUUGCUCUUGUUCUUGCUUUCAUGUUUAAUCCUUAUAUCCGCCGCCUCGCAUGAGAAACAAGGUGACGGGACGCUUAGAAUUGCAUUGAAGAAGAGUAAGCUAGACCGGGCCAAUAGGCUAGCUUCUGAGCUUUUCUUGAAAAACCGAGGAGCGUCUUGGUCUUUCAAAGAUUAUCUUCGCCUGAGCGAUGGAAAUUCGGAUAUUGUUCCCCUGAAAAACUAUUUGGAUGCUCAAUACUAUGGUGACAUUACCAUUGGUACUCCACCUCAGAAGUUCACUGCCAUCUUUGAUACAGGAAGCUCAAAUCUCUGGAUACCAUCUAGUCAAUGUUACUUAUCGGUUGCUUGCUAUUUUCAUACGAAGUACAAGGCUAGCCAGUCAUCAACAUACAAAAAGAACGGAAAACCUGCGUCGAUCCGCUAUGGAACAGGUGCUAUUUCGGGUUACUUUAGCAAUGAUGAUGUUAAAGUUGGUGAUCUUGUUAUCAAGGAUCAGGAAUUCAUAGAGGCUACUAGUGAGCCUGGUAUUACAUUCUUGGUGGCAAAGUUUGAUGGUAUCCUUGGGUUGGGUUUCAAAGAGAUUGCUGUAGGAAAUUCAACUCCGGUUUGGUAUAAUAUGGUAGACAAGGGUCUGGUUAAGGAACCGAUUUUUUCGUUCUGGCUUAACCGUAACCCGCAAGAUCCAGCAGGUGGUGAGAUUGUUUUUGGAGGACUCGACCCUAAGCAUUUCAUUGGAGAGCAUACUUAUGUUCCAGUAACACAUAAAGGUUACUGGCAAUUCGACAUGGGUGAUCUCAACAUUGCUGGCAAACCAACCGGAUACUGUGCUCAAGGUUGUUCUGCCAUUGCUGAUUCCGGAACUUCUCUGCUCACCGGUCCAUCGACUGUCAUCACAAUGAUCAAUCACGCCAUUGGAGCAGUAGGAGUCGCAAGCCAGGAGUGCAAAGCCGUAGUAGGUCAAUACGGAAAAACCAUGUUGAAUUCCCUUCUAUCUCAGACGGAUCCAAGGAAGGUAUGCUCGCAGAUAGGGCUCUGCGGUUAUGAUGGCGCACACAGUGUGAGUAUGGGGAUUAGGUCAGUCAUAGAAAAUGGAACAUCGGAUCUUCUAAACGAAGCCAUGUGCAACGCCUGUGAAAUGGCAGCCGUGUGGAUGCAGAGCGAAUUGACUCAGAACCAAACACAAGAACGCAUACUCUCUUAUGCUGCUGAGCUCUGUGACCAUAUACCAAACCCAAAUCAACAAUCAGCAGUGAACUGUGAAAAGGUUUCGUCGAUGCCUAUAGUCACAUUCACAAUUGGUGGCAAAAGCUUUGAUCUCUCCCCUCAAGAUUAUAUAUUCAAGAUUGGGGAUGGAGUUCAAGCUCAGUGCACCAGUGGUUUCACCGCCAUGGAUAUCCCUCCACCCCGUGGACCUCUCUGGAUCUUGGGUGAUAUCUUCAUGGGACCAUACCACACUGUGUUUGAUUACGGGAAAGCAAGAGUUGGAUUCGCCAAAGCUGCUUAAAAAAAUGAUCUCAUCUUUAAUACCCUUUUUUAUAUGAUGUUUGUGAAUGUGUUUUAGAUAAAAUCUUAAAUGGUUGUAAUAAUUUAAAAACAUUGCUAUCCUAGAAUGGUAUCAUCAUAAUACAGAUUUUUAUUUGGU